AUGAAGCCCCACGGCCUCGGGCGGCGGGACCACCUCGACCUGCUGCCCUCGCACGAGGGGGGGCCCACCUACCCCACCACCGUCGGGCUGGUGGUCGGGCUGGGCGGGCUGGGCGUGGUGAUCCUCCUCAGCAUCCUCCUGGCCCUCAAGCACCCCGGCGGCGGCUUCCACCGCCGCCGCCUCCGCCGCCGCCGCGGCUCGCGGCCCUGCGCCGAGGAGGGCCUCCCGCCAUGCCCGCCGGCCUUGUCGUCGUCGUCGUCGUCGCCGUCCAUAGCCGAGCAGCCGCGGGCCCCUGCGAUGGCGGCGGUGGCGGUGGCGGCGACGGGCCAACCUGCCGCCGCCGCCGCCGCGGCCCAACUUCAGCCGCAGGUGGACGCUGCUGCCGCCCAUCGACACGGCGGCGGCGGCGGCGGCGGCGACGAAGUCGUUGACGACGACGGCGGCGGCGGCGGCGACGGCGAGAGGGGGCGGCUUGUGCGGACGCCAUCGCACGAGAUCGGCGUCGCCCUGUGA